AUGCCUCUAUCCUUGGAUACUCAUAUAUUUGGAUCAAAAGGACCAAGAAAAAUAACAAUUUUAUUGUAUAAUGUUGAAAAACCUAUUCAUCCAUUAAAGGAAAAUGAAACAAUUAUUGAAGAAUGGCGAGCUGGACGUGCAACUGAUUUAAUUGAGAUAAAAAAUAAAACACCAGUAUAUAAUGAAGAAAGUAAAAUAUAUAGUCUUGCAUUACUUGAAAAUCAUGCAAUACAACCAUCGCAUAAAAAUUUUCAAUUAGUGAUUACAAAUGGAGAUCGUAUGAUGUUUUUUUUUU